GCUUCGUGGCCUUUCACCGAACGCCUUGCGUACGUCCCAAUCCACUCGCACCCUCCUUGAAGAAAACGCAUUUGACAAUGAAGUCCGAACCGAUCAGCUCAAACCCGCGUUCGCAACAUUGAAGCUUAGAAGUGUCCGAGGGAAAAGAUCGUUUUUUUUUUCCCUUUGAAGGUCAGCAGAAGUCAAGAGGAGAGAGAGAGAGCUGGAGUGGGAGGAGGAGGAGGAGGAGAGAAGAAGUCAAGAAGGAAUCGUCCCACUUUCGCUUUUGAAGUUUCUUGGGCGCUCUUUGCUUUUUCAUGAAGUGGGUAUAUCUCGUGGCGGCUCGUGGUGGUGGGAUUCUUGGAUAAUUUAUGCUGCGGGGGUUAUUCUUUCUGUCUUGGGAAAUGGGGAGGCAACGAUCGCUCAAGAGCAAAGCUGCCCACUUCGUCUCCGAUCUCACCACCGUUCUUCUCAACCCCAUCUCCGACAAACCCUCCUCCAAGCCCUCCCCUCCGUCUCAGUCUCCCGACGAUGCAAGUGACUCUACAAAGAGCCAACUAGAUUCAAUCAGAGAAGAGGGUUCAGAAGAUUUAGUCAAUGGUCCCGAUACAUCGUCUUUCACAGCAUUUCUUUACUCUCUCUUGACAUCAUCUGAGCCUGGAGACGAUCCCAAUGUUGAAGGGAAAAAUGAUAAUGAGCAAGUGAACACUGAAGUGGUUGCUGCAUCAAAAGAAGCAUCUGACGUGCCUAGGAAGGAAAGUGUUGGCAAGAAAAGCUUGUUCUCUAAAGGGAAGCAGUCAUUGGGUAGAGCUUUUAACCAGGCAGCAAAGAUUGCUGGGUACCGGAAUCAGAACAGAAAUGCGAUAGUGACAUGAAAUAUAGCAGUAGAUGAAGUCAUGCUUCCUGGAGUUGAGAUGAGGCAUUUGCAGAAUGAGACAGAGCCUGUGGAUCUGACUGAUGUUCCAGAUUUGUCAGAACCUUCAUUGCUGCUUUCAGAGAAAACACGUAGUGUACUUUAUACAUCACUUCCUGCACUCGUUCAGGGGAGAAAAUGGAUGUUGCUGUACAGUACAUGGAGGCAUGGCAUAUCACUUUCCACUUUGUAUAGGAGAAGCAUGCUUUGGCCUGGUCUCAGCUUGCUGGUAAUUGGGGACCGUAAAGGUGCGGUAUUUGGCAGCUUAGUGGAGGCACCACUUAGACCAAACAAUAAGAGAAAAUAUCAGGGAACAAAUAGCACUUUUGUUUUCACAGACACACCUGGUCAUCCAGUUAUAUACCGCCCUACAGGGGCCAAUCGGUAUUACACUCUGUGCUCAUCUGACUUUUUAGCGAUUGGUGGGGGCGGCCACUUUGCAAUCUAUUUGGAUGGCGAUCUGUUGAAUGGAUCGAGCUCAGUCUCAGAAACAUAUGGGAAUCCUUGCCUUGCAGGUUCUCAAGACUUUGAAGUAAAGGAAGUUGAGCUGUGGGGCUUCGUAUAUGCUUCCAAGUAUGAAGAGACGCUUGCUCUUAGCCGAACGGAGUCCCCUGGCAUUUGCCGAUGGUAACCUUUUGAAUCAUGAGCUGAGCUUUCUGAUAACUAGUCACCUGAAGCACGGCGGUUGGGGUGCACGGAUAUACAUCCGAUUGUGUAUAUUUUCGCAAACGCUGGAUGAGGAAACACUUGCCUAGACCCAGUGCACCAUCGAAAGCAAUCACAAUGACCAAUCGCCCUAGGUCCCGUGUGGGUCUUUCUUCUUGUAAGGGUUGCGAUGAUCACAAAUCCGGUCCAUUUUGAGUGAAUGUUGUUUUGCACGUGCUAACCCUUGUUUCUAUCUGUUGUAUAGUCCUCUACAUGUUUUGCAUCCUACCUUGUAUAUAGCAGGAGUGCGCGCCAAAACUCAGAGUCAGGCAUCACAUUUUUCUUUGGUCUUAUAUAUGUAAAUAUAUGGUUCCUCCUCUCUUCCUUUUUUUA